CGCAAGAAGAAACAGCGCAAGAAGAAACAGCGCAAGAAGAAACAGCGCAAGAAGAAACAGCGCAAGAAGAAACAGCGCAAGAAGAAACAGUGGUCAACACGCCCUGCUAAGAUGUCUCGCACUGAAAUACCCGAGUCUACGCAAAAUACCCAAGCUGAGGAUGCUGGCAAGGCUCCUGGGACGAAUAUUGGAGGUUCUUCAGGAGAGGGAAAGCUAGUCCUCUAA